CUUUGCUGUAACUUUUAAAAUGGUUGGUCCCUCAAAAUUACCCCGCGAUUGGGAUAAAGAAUGUACGCUUACUCCAGAAGCGCGAAACAUGUUUACCGAAUGUAACUACAUUUUAACAAUGCUAGUUAGCAGCUUUGGCAAUCUACAACACCACAUUGAUUGCAUUCCAGAGGAUGAGUUGAUGAAAAACAUUUCUGAGGAGAUAUACAGCAAAAUUAAAGCCGCACUUUAUAAAAUAAUGAAUAGCAAAGAUCAGUCGAUAGCGCUGCCUUCAGGCAUCAAUAUAUUUAUUCAAAAAGUAUAUAGUUAUUUCUCACUUCGAAAAACGAAAGACAGUUUUAUCCAGGAAUACAAACGUAUGAUGGACGAGAAUGAGCCAAGAGUUAGCAAAAGAAAGAUUACAAAGGAAUGAGAAGAAGCGUAUGAAAAAGCACAAAGGCUUGGAAAUGCGUUGACAAUGAGAAGCCUUAAUGAAUUCCAAGAUCAAUAUAUUGAUGGUGCAACAGGCUCAACAGCAGAAGAAGAGGCAACUACGCACGUCUUAGGAACAACAAAAGAUGAAGUCAAUCAAAUCUCAACAACAAAAUUCGUUAUUUUUAAUCCAACUACAUUCUUGAUAGCACCACAUAAACCAAAGACUCAAUACGUUAAUAGAGAGAAGAUCAGAGACUUCUGUGAAAUUGGGAUGGAGUUCUUGACUGAUGAUGAUAAUUAUAAAAACGAGAAAGCAAUGAAUGAAUACAGGGGUUACGUUGUGGAUCAAAAUAAAUUUGCUUCAUUCGAUUCUUUUCCCGGUGUUGCUGAAUUUAUUCAAGAUGUAUUAAGUACUGAUAAAAAAGAUUCCAUCAAAAUACUUUGGAACCAUAAAAAAAGACUUAAGGCUACCGGUACUACUUGGACAUUUAUGGACAUUGUUUGCUAUACUCUUGCAGACUUCACCUCAAAGUGCAAACAAGGAUUUCGCAAUAAUAACAACAAUGAGCGUACACCUUUUGUCAAAUACAUUGUCCCCAUGUUUUGUUUAAGUAUUUCAGUCAAGAAUCUAAUUUGA